AUGAUUGAGGACGAUUUCGAUCGUUUCUGUCGUAUUGGCAAGGGUUAUCACAGUCCAAAUCCCCAUGCCCAGAGAUUACAAUCUGGUCCAGAGAUCUACGAUCAACAGGAACAACAAAGCUCCGUGCGACAGGAUUUCCUCACAGCACCCCAGUCCAUCUCGCGUUACCGAUCGAGCAGCCUUCGUGAGCACCAUCGACGCAGUCCCUAUCAGUACAGUCCUCGUGCUAGCCUGACUCGACGACAAGAGAGUUCUUUCAAGGAGCGGAUCUCUCCGGAGGGACCGCUCUCCUUAAGCACAGAUUUACCGGGUCGUUCCAGACGACAUUCCCUUGCCCCCACAUUUCAGAACCCGGAACGUCAACCUCUACAGGCCUCACCGUAUUCACGCGGUUCGAUUCACCAGUUCGAGCGUGCACUACAAACGACCAGCGAAGAACGUGCAACAGAAAAUCAGCAUGUAAGUGACCGGACACAGCUUGAUCGGUCCGCCUCCGCUCGCUGUACGGCUGAUGUGGAUAAAAGCACCACCUGGCUUUCAAACGCACCUGGGGGGCACGCAUCUCGCAGAUUGAGCAACACAUUUGGACUAACAGUUCCAAGUGUACCACCCAUCCAAGUCUUUUCGGAAGAAAGUCCAGAAGCCUGCAUGAACGUAGUCCGUGUGCGUUCAUUUCGGCGCACCAAAAACGGUGUUGUCAGUCAGGGCGACAGUGACAUCUUCUACAGACCUGCAAACAACGCCUGCACUUGUAGACACUCCCUCAGUUGCGGUUCAGAGUUGAUGGCAGCAGAAGCCACGGCGAGCGGUAGCGGAGAGACGACCAAUGUACCAGAGCAACGGUCCUCUGAUGAGCAGUCCCCGACCGCAGUUGUGAGACGCAAACCACGUCAUGGCAGUGCUCACGAACGUCCUAGAAAAAAGUUUAGUCAUCAAGAGAUCUAUGCGUUGGAUAAAGUGGAGGCCGCCAGGGUAAUACGACGCAAAUCCCUUACUCCAACAUGGGUCUGUUCCGAUCACUCCGACACAGAAAGUGCGGUCAAGAUGAGUCCGCAGACGUAUACCGUGCAGGUACUUGGUCAUGAUGAAGAUAUCGUACACAACGUAACUGUGGACGUUGACAAUGAACAAACAACUCUACGGUUCAUUGAGAAUGCUGACGGUGAAAAUGCUUCUGUAAGUAUGUAG